GCACAUAUGAGGAUGGCCAGAACAUUCCACACUGUGGUGGAGCUGCUGCUGUUUUCUUUUAUCAGAACAGGAAUAAAUGGAGAAGAUAGUCUGAUACCCACAUAUAAUAUUAGAUUUCAGCAUGAAACAGCUGCCUGCUAUUAUCCAUGGCAUUUCGGCACACCUGAAAACAAUGAUUUCAUAGCUAUAGUUGCCAAUGGGGAGAUCCAGACUUCUCCACUGCUUAAUGAUGAGUCAAACUGGACUUUGUCUAUGAAAAACCUCACAGAAGACAAUGUAGGAAGCCAUCGCUGCCAUCAGAGUACAGCAUCCAGGGCUGCAAGAAAGUUAAUCUUUGUGCCAAGUAAAACGUCAACGCUUCAGUGUGUUUUCCUCACAAACACCCAGCAGCAACGAUGCCACACUCGUCCACAACAAGAGAUCAGUCUGAUGUGGGUGGAUGAAGAUGGUGCACAGAUAAUGGAAGACUCCCAGCACCAGAUACAGCAGCGGUCUUCUUGUGAUGUCACCCUGAUGUUAGCCCUUCAAAGACCGGUUAAUAAGAAGUUUAGGUGCCAGGUGACUGUCAAUGACCAAGUCCAGUCUUCAGCAGACAUGUGGAUCAGAGUUCCAGGAAGAGAACGAGGCUUUUUUUUGGAACCGGAAACUGGAAAUCAAGGUCACAGCCGGGACAUGGUUGGGGCUGCUGUGGGUGUUGUGGGAUGUGUAGUGUUGACAGCUCUGAUUGCAGCAUUUGCCAUAAACAGAAAAAGAACCGCCAGCUGCCAGAUGAGUCAUGUAACACAAUCAGUUUCAAUCAUGUUGUGAAUACAGAUGAUGUGGUCUAUGCUGACAUCGUUCUCCCUGUUGGCUCUGAUGCAGUUCGGGUCCAGGAGUGUGAGGACACAGAAUAUGCCUGUGUCAGAUUCGAAUAAUGUAAAUUACAUGCUUUGCCAACUGUGCUACCCCCAUCCACUGAAUACUGUGAAAUUUGUAGUGAAGUUGACAGUUAAAGUCCCAAAAUUGCUUGAAAAGUGUUUUGAUCUUGGCAUUAAAGAGCUGCAAGAAUGUAUUGCAUGAUAGGAAUAAGAUUUUUUCUUAAACUAAAGCUUACCUGUGU